AUGGAGGGUAUGGUUCUUACGGCUAUGAAGAUUUCUCAGUCUUAUACUCCAAUCAGAUUUUUUCAGUCUCCUGAUCAAGAGUUUUAUGAAUGCUGUAAGGAAAGAGGCUUACCUCCUUCGUGUUUGGACAAGUGUUCUUAUUCAUCCUACUCUGGGAAAGCGCUUAGAGAUAUGUUCCUUCGCACUGAUACUUGCCCAGUUCGAGCUGCCAAUGACCUUCAUCUGUGUGCAACUAGAGGUCGUGAUCAUCGUAUGUGUUGUUACAAAAACGGUGUUACUAGCACAAUUGCUGGUGACAAGUGCUUGCUCUUUUGUCAGAAGCCACCUGAAAAUCAAACAGAAUUAGACUUAUCGUACUUGCCUUGCUACGACCAAUUUGAAGUAAUGAGGCAGUGCUUUUGGUCGGAUGCUGUUAAAGUUUACAAGAAGAAUUUUGAUUCAAUGUCAAGAGCAAUGUACAGGAAGACUCUCCAAAGAUAUACCGACUUUUAGCA